UUUAUGCGAAUCGAACACAGUUAUUGUGCGUGAAUCGAAAAAGCAAGACAUUAACUCCGAUCUGCCUAGUUUUUAUGUCGUUUUUUAAAAACAGUUAAAAAGUAGACAAAGUUGACCGUUUAAUUGUUGCAUAUUAUUAAUUGCGAAAAUGCCACACGAAGUUAUAGAAGAUUUCAAAAGGGAUAUUAGUUGGCCUACGGUACUGUACUAUAUUCAUCUGCACGCUCUCGGAUUGUAUGGAUUGAUUCUGCUUUUCACGGAAGCAAAAUGGAUCACAGUAUUAUUCACUAUGUUCAUCAUAUUUUAUGCGGGUCUUGGUAUUACUGUAGGAGCUCACCGAUUAUGGGCUCAUCAGGCAUUUGAAGCAACAGGUAUCAUCAGAGGAAUCUUGAUGAUCGGUCAUACAUUAGCUGGCGUGGGUGAUAUUUAUGAUUGGGUGGUAGCUCAUAGAACUCAUCAUCAAUAUUAUGGAACCGAAAGAGAUCCUUACAAUCAUAAAAAAGGAUUUUGGUUCAGUCACGUUGUUAGUAACAUUUACUCGCCCCACCCUCAAAAAGAACGAUUGGAUAAAGACAUAGAUAUGACCGAUGUGGAUUAUGAUGGAUACGUCUGGAUUCAAAGAUGGUUCUACUGGCCAAUGUUCAUAGUUAUUGGCUUGCUUUUACCGAUCAACGCACCAGCAGAAUACUGGGGAGAAUCAAUCAAAAAUACUGUAUUCAUUCUUGGAUUUUUCCGGCUAGCUGUUACAACUAAUUUAUCAUGGCUCGUUAAUAGUGCCAUGCUUAUUUGGGGACUCAAACCUGGAGACAAAUUCCCUUCGGAUGACAAUACUAUUUUCAUACUCAACAAAUCUUACUGGUUGAAUUACCAUUAUCUCCUUCCAUGGGACUACAAAUGUGAUGAAUUUGGAACUUACGACCGAGGAUGCGGAACUUUCUUCAUCAAAACGUGCGAGAAUCUUGGUCUUGUUUCGUAUUUGAAAACAGCAUCCAGCGAAUCGAUUCGUGACGCACUUUACAAAGCUGCUAGUAAAAAAUCAGAUAUUCCGUCGUCUUUGGAGUCCGUGAAAAAAAUCGCCGACGACGAGGCUGCCAAGGCUAAACUUCGUUAUCGACAUUAAAAUAAAUUAACGAUUGUAACGUUUUGAAUUGGAUUAUCGUCAAAAAUAAAAAUUUUAUUACAUAAUUUCA